CCACUAGCCCACAAGCGACAGCAUGGCAGCCAUCCCCUCCAGCAGUUUGCUCAUGGCCACCCACGACUAUUACCGCUGCCUGGGUUCCACUGCCAGUAACAGCUCCUGUGGAGGUGCAGAGUAUCCUGGGGAAGCCAUCCCUCACCACCCCGGUCCCUCCAAAGCCGACCCAGGUCACUGGAUGGCAAGUUUCUUUUUUGGGAAGUCCACUCUCUCGUUCAUGGCAACACGCUCGGAAUCUCCCCAGGCCUCCAGCGACUUGAUCGCCUGUGACUUGACUCUGGAAGCCAUGAGGAAGCAGCAGCCUGGUGGCCAGUCUGGCAAAGCGAACACGGAACACCCGUCCCCAGUCCCGAGAGGCCACUGGCCCUCUUCAGGAGGAGCUAGGCUCAUCAGAGCCCCUCCUGUCCCCUCCUGUCUCCACGUAGACUAGGCAGGCUGCAGCAAGUGGAAACAGUUGGGUUCUUUUAGAUCAAAAUAACAAAGCACCAAAAAGGAAGUCGAGAGAAUCCCACUCUUUACUAUCCAAGCCACACACAAGCCUUCCUGACACCCUGUAAUCGUGUGCCUUGCACCAAGUGGGAAACAAACUCCAAGCGGUCACUUAAAAAAAAA